CAAAUAUUGUCCUAUCCUAAUAAACCAUACAUCAAUGGAAAGCUUAUUUAUUCAUCUUUCAGAUGAUGUAUAAAUCUUAAUUUCAAAAAAAUUACCCUUAUGACUGGUUUUGUGGUCCAGGUUUACAAAUAGGUUUGGAAAUUAAAAAUCAGACACAUAAUUACUAGAGGCAUUAACUUAUUAAUAAAUGUUAAUUUAUUAAACAUAUUAAUAAAUGCAUUUUUUAGAGUAUAGUCAAUCCGAACAGAUAGGAUAUUUAAUGUAAUUGCACAAUAGGGCAGUGAUUCAGAAUUACAAUAAUUAAAUUAAUGGGUAAUGAUAAUCUUUCUUUAUUACUAAUCUUUGCACACCUUGAAGUAAUUUAUAUUAAUUUGCACUGAUUGCUGUGAUUUACAUUGUUUAAACGGCUGUUCUCACUGACCAUGUGACUCCAGCGUACAGUGAUAUUCGGCCAAUGGGGACGCACGGGACUGUGUGUCCCCCCUCAGACCGUGUGGAGAAGUUUACCGGUCCGGGUGCAAAGUCUCAAGUUUCGUGUAACUUCUCCUGGAGAUUCAAGGAGCGUCUUUUAUUCCAUCAUUAGUCUAUGGCGGCCGGUGUUUCUCUCUAAUAAGUAUGAAUGAACGUCUCGCUGUGCUGAAUACUUUAGUGCGCCGAGCAACUGAUAAUUCGCGAGUUGCCAAUAGCAACGCGUUUAUUUUCAACAUUAAUCUCUUGUUUAUGCCAUAGACAUCUAAACCCGUUUUUGUCAGGAAAUGUAAGUUAUUAAAAAUACUAUUCGCGAAACUAAUUAUUAUUUUUAUUUGCCGUUGAAGCUAAAUAAUGGGUUUGGGACAGAAUCGGGUGCGUUUGCUGUGUAUGCUGUCUUUAACGCUUGUGUUUUUUAUUGUUGAAGUUGUGGUAAGCAGGAUAACAGCAUCUCUCGCAAUGUUAUCAGACUCUUUUCAUAUGCUGUCGGAUGUAAUAGCCUUGGUAGUGGCUUUGAUUGCCGUUAGUUUUGCGGAGACAACUCGAGCCACAAGUAAAAACACGUACGGAUGGAUCCGCGCAGAAGUGAUGGGAGCUUUAGUGAACGCCGUGUUUUUGACGGCCCUCUGCUUCACUAUUCUUCUAGAAGCCGUCGAGCGCUGCACGCUGCCUCACGAGAUUGAGAAUCCACGCGUGGUCAUUUGGGUUGGCCUGGCUGGUCUCCUGGUGAAUGUACUUGGACUUUUUCUGUUCCACGGACACGCAGGGUUUGGUGGGCACGGGCACUCUCAUGGUCACAAGACAAAAAGCAGAGAUUAUGAAAAACCAAAGGCACACGAAGAAGCACAUAAUCUCAUGAUAAACAGCAGCAGUUCUCAAGGAGAUCAAACUUCUGAUCUGAAAUCAGACAGCCUAAACAUCAGAAUCACUGCCAACGGCUCAUUGGAGGACCUGGAUCACAAUUCCGAGUCGGCUUCCCAGUUGAACAUGCGCGGAGUGUUCCUGCACGUGCUCGGGGAUGCGUUAGGUUCCGUCAUUGUGGUAGUCAACGCCUUGAUUUUCACUUUCGUGUGGACGCCAUGCCACAGCGACGAGAUCUGUUUCAACCCCUGCCGCAGCAGCCACUUGACUGAACACCAGCAUGUUAAUACCACAGUCCUGAGCAUAUCCAAACCACAUGACAGGACCCCCAGAACCGUAUCUCUAGCCGGACCAUGUUGGGUGCUUUACCUGGACCCAACGUUAUGUCUAAUAAUGGUGUGUAUUUUGCUGUACACAACUUUCCCUCUCCUAAAGGAGUCGGCUCUGAUCCUGCUACAAACAGUACCCGAACAGAUCGAUAUGCACAAGCUGAAUGGGAAACUACAGAGCCUGGAUGGUGUUAUAGCUGUUCAUGACCUGCAUAUCUGGCAGCUGGCCGGGUCUCGCAUUAUUGCAACCGCUCACAUCAAAUGCGCAGAUCCAGCUACUUACAUGGACGUAGCCAAACGCAUUAAAGACAUUUUCCAUGAUGAAGACAUCCAUGCUACUACUGUUCAGCCAGAGUUUGCUUCCAUUUCUGAAGGGUCUGGUGACUCACCAUGUGAGCUUUCCUGUCAAAGUCAAUGCAAACCCAAGCUAUGUUGUAAUCCGACCAAAAGGGCUAAGCCGGAGUCGGAGCUGGCCAAGAUUAAGGAAAAGACCUGCAGGCAUCCCGUAGGAUGGGGUGAUCAGAAGGAAGCGGAGAAAACUGUACAUACAGAGAUAGAAUCAACAGUUUAAGUCAAGAAAGACAUAUUGCAUGAGUUGCACUUGCUCAUAGCUGAUUGUCGCAGGAAAUAUGUGAAAUUAGGGCAAUUGUCUGGAUUAUUUCUAAUCUGCUUAUUGCAGAAGUAUGUCUCAGAGAGUUGGGUUUGUUGAAGCCAGCAACAUUAGAUUUCAUGCUGUAUAUAAACCUGAUAUAUAAAAAAACUGAAUACAGUUUUUUUUUUUUUUCCAUAUUAUGCUUGUUGGUUCUUAUUGCUGGCUAGAUAGAUGAAUAUUAAAGGAUUUGUAUUUACAAAUAAAAACAUAUAUUGAUGCAUAUUAAAGAGGUGGUUGA